GCUUCCUGAAUCGCUCGCUGGAUUUUUCGAAACGAAACCAAGACCUCCCUCUCCACAGCAGGAGAUUAGCGGGAUUAGCUGCUCAUUAACUCCACUCCAACUCCAAAUCGGCAGUACUGGUAGUAAUCGGCGUCCAUCCACAGCAGCCACUGCCAGCAAAACCACCAAACCCAGCGGGAGAGCAGCCACCGCAAUUUAAUGCCUCCCCCCCACACCCCGUCUCUCGUCUCUGUGUAGAGAGCUCGCCUCGCUCGCUGCCAAUCUCGCUGCCGCUCCCCACCGAUCCGGCGCUGCCAGGAGCUUCCAGAUCCGCCGCCCGGGCAAUGCUGUAGCGCCGCGGGCCGGGAUGGGUGGCGUCGGCGCCGGAUUGCUGCUCCUGCUCGUCCUCCUUCUCCGCGCGGCCUCCGCUCUCCAUGAAACUAUAUUGCCUAGUCCAGCACCGGCUCCAUCAAAAUCCCCUGAAGCGAGAUUGUUUGGACCUCGCAUUUCCCCUUCAUUUCCACCAAGGGCACCGUCACCUGAAUCUCCUGGCAUUGCCGUGCGCCAUCAUCCGCACAAGCAUCAGCACCACAGAGAAUCAAAUCAGGGCCCUUCACCAUCCUCAUCACCUCCACCAGAAGCAGGUUGUUCUAGCUAUACUUGCAACGAGCCACUGACUGCAACACCAAUUGGUUCCCCUUGUGGUUGUGUCGAGCCUAUUAGUGUUAUCAUUGAUCUGGAUGUAGCUCCAUAUCUACUGUUCAUGCGCAUAGCAGAGUUGGAAGUUGAAGUUGCGGCUGGGACUUUUCUUAAACAAAGCCAGGUGAAGAUCAUGGCUGCAGUUGCAAGUAUCCAGGAUGACCAGAAGACACGGGUGACCAUCUAUUUGGUGCCAUUAAGAGAACACUUUGAUACUUAUACGGCAUCCCUAAUAUCUGAUAGGUUCAGGGAUAAAAAGGUUCAGAUAAAUUCAUCUAUUUUUGGAGAUUAUAAAGUUAUCAAUAUAAGCUAUCAUGGAUUGCAAUCCGUGUCACCAUCUCUGCCUGGGGAAUUGGAUCCAGGAACUGAAGAUCCUAUAACGGCGGCAGUGCCCAAUCAGAAGAAAAAGCACAAGAAAUCAGAUAUUUGGAUCAUUGUGAUAGGUUCAGCGUCUUCUCUUGGACUUCUGUUGACAUGUGCUGUUAUCCUGAUUUUAAUAGUAAAAUGGAAGAAACUUGGACGGCUUCAUGAGGCAAUGAGCCCUGCAACUACCACAGCAGCUAACAGAAGAUAUGGCGCCAGAUCAACUUUGUCAACCAGCAUGGUGAGCUCUGUGUCAGCAUCAAUGCUUUCAACAGUGGCUACUUGCACAUUGUCUGUAAAGACAUUUUCACUAGCCCAGCUACAGAAGGCCACAGAUGGUUUUGAUUCAAAAAGAGUUUUGGGUCAAGGGGGCUUUGGACGUGUCUACCAUGGGAUGAUGGAGGAUGGAAACGAAAUUGCUGUUAAAUUGCUUACAAGGGAGGACAGGAGUGGUGAUCGUGAGUUCAUUGCAGAGGUGGAAAUGCUCAGUCGACUACACCACCGUAAUCUUGUCAAACUGAUUGGUAUUUGCAUUGAGCAGAACAAAAGGUGUCUUGUGUAUGAGCUCAUACGCAAUGGAAGUGUGGAAUCCCAUCUUCAUGGUGCUGACAAGGCUAAGGGAUCGCUGAACUGGGAUGUUAGGAUGAAAAUUGCUCUUGGGGCUGCUCGAGGCUUGGCGUAUCUGCAUGAAGAUUCAAACCCUCAUGUUAUACACCGUGACUUCAAGGCCAGCAAUAUAUUAUUAGAGGAAGACUUCACUCCCAAGGUUACUGAUUUUGGUUUGGCAAGGGAAGCAUCCAAUGCAACUCAACCCAUAUCUACCAGGGUAAUGGGUACUUUUGGGUAUGUUGCUCCAGAAUAUGCAAUGACGGGGCAUCUUCUUGUCAAGAGCGAUGUCUACAGUUAUGGGGUUGUCUUGCUGGAGCUUUUAUCAGGAAGGAAACCCGUAAGCAUCUCUGAGUCCAAGGAUCCUGAGAACCUUGUGACUUGGGCCCGUCCUCUGCUAAGCCAUAAGGAGGGCUUGGAGAAGUUAAUUGAUCCUUCUCUGAAUGGAAAGUUUAACUUUGACAAUGUAGCUAAAGUGGCAUCCAUUGCUUCCAUGUGUGUGCACACCGAUCCAUCACAGAGGCCAUUCAUGGGAGAAGUGGUCCAGGCAUUGAAGCUUAUCUACAAUGAUCCAGAUGAGGCUUGUGACGAUUCCUAUAGCCCAAGGAAUUCAUCUGACCAAGACGGUGACUAUGAAGGGGGCCUUGUCUUUGAGAGUGGCAGCUGGGGAUUCGGGGCCUCUGGGUGUCUAGACUACCGGAACUCCUUACCAUUUGUUACUAUGGACUACAGUUCUGGACGACUAGGACACCGUGACCCUCGGUCGGCAUUGUCAACGGACUCCCAUGUCCAGUCACCAGUGCUGCAGAACAGAUCAGGCCCCUUGCGGAUGAAGAAAAAGCUUGCCUCCUUCUACCGUUCUAGAGGCAGCAUUAGCGAGCAUGGGCACCUGCCGCGGCAUUGAUUGAUCAGUAAGCUAGUGUUAGGGCUGUUAGCUUUGGUUUGACUUUGGGAAUGAGGCUGGGAGGUUUGUCAUCACCUCUCGAUGAUUCUUGCCUCAUGUUAGUGUACAGUUCCGGUGACCCUUGGGGCGUGGUGCCUUGGGUAUAGGUGUUUUCAUUUGCCUUCUGCUUCUUCCCCGGAAGCAAUGAGGAUGGGGUUGGCAGAUGCUCUCUAAUUUUGCAAAUUGCGGUUCAUUCCUCAUGCAUCUGAUUGGUGUAAUCUUGGUUAGGGAAGUUUAUUGCCGAAAUUCUGGGCAUCAUGUUGUUGCGACUAGGUGGUUGUACUUGCUGCAGUUCGAGUUCAUUGUAAACAGUGCCAGUGAUCUUCCUCGCGUUGGCGAGGUGACUGUAAACCGGCUCAGCUGUCAGGUGGUAACUGGGUAAUAAUCUUGGUUCGCUAUUGCUCA